AUGGAAACCGUGCACUCCUUCCCGAGAAACCCCAAUGUUCCCAUGCGACAGCCAUCGGCGGAGGACCUCGAUGCUGCACAGCAGCUGAUCUCGUCUGCCCAGGCGGGUCGCGACCACUCGGACGCCCCUCCGCAACACCAUGAUGCUGGAUGGGCCCAUGUGCCCCCAGAUGGAACGCCGGGUGAGAGGACGUCUCCCAGAAUACAAAAAGACACGUCCUUUCUUGGACAUUCGUGCAGGUAUGUUGUUGUGUCCAAACCCAAGCUUACUUUCCUUGCUGACAAUGUUUUCUCUCGUAGCAAUUGCGGUACGAAAAGCACUCCCCUCUGGCGCCGGUCCCCGACAGGAGCGAUGAUUUGCAACGCCUGUGGUCUCUAUCUCAAAGCUCGGAAUGUCGCUCGCCCUACGAAGCGGAAUCGGGCGCAACAAAGUGCUGAGGGCACUGCCCAAUCCAAUCCUCACUCCGCAUGUUCUCCAGUACCAGAUUCCCCAGCGCCGGAAGGAGGUUGCCAUGGCCCCAAGGGUUCUUGUCCUGGUGGCGGAAGCUGCAAUGGCACUGGUGGUGCAGAAGGGUGUGAAGGCUGUCCGGCAUAUAACAACCGAGUCUACAAAUCUGCUCCGCGAGGGUCCACAGCUAUUCAAUCCUCCUGGGGACGCGCCUCGCCUCAAGAACCCGAAAAACCGCUGCAGGAAACAGAAAUCCCCAAGAGCACUCCAUCUGCUGAUGGCGGCAAUAAUUUGGUCGCCUGUCAAAAUUGCGGCACUACUGUGACGCCACUCUGGCGGCGGGAUGAACAGGGUCAUCCCAUCUGCAAUGCGUGUGGCUUGUACUACAAGCUGCACGGGUGCUAUCGCCCGACUACCAUGAAAAAGUCUAUUAUCAAACGGCGGAAGCGUGUUGUGCCCGCCCUACGAGAUCAAUCUCCCACCGCUGCGACUCAUUCGUCGAACGGCUCCUCCGCGUCGCCCGAGGCCUCUCCCGCUCCCUUGUCUCACGGACAUGAAGAUCACUAUCGGUAUAUGAGCAGUGAGCCAAUGGACCACUACCACAUGACGCCCGGCAAGGUCGAAGAUGCACCACGGCCAUUACCUUUUGCCCCGCCGCCGGUUGACUUCACCAGCUACAAUUCCAGCUCCGGGUCCCAUGUGCAUGCACGGCCUAAGCUUCUGGAGCCCGGCACUCCUCAAUAUGCCCGGCGAUCCGCGUCCCCACAUUCACUCGGCGUGUCUAAAAAACGAACCCUCGCCGAGACGGCACAAGAAGCUCUUCCGCCUUUUGAGUCUGGGUCAAAUCAACUACCCCCGAUCAAUCCCUCGGCCAAUCCAUCACCCCCUGGCCGUCUCAGUUCCAUUUCAUCGAUUCUGAAUCGCACAGAGACCCGUGAUGAUCCGCGCCUGCUUCGCCACUCCAGCUCUCCUGCGCCGCACCCGACGCAGCAAGUUUUGCCCAGUUUGGCCUCCCUGGGGGAUCAGGCUGAUCGGCGGGCACGGCUCCAGCGUGAAGCGGAAGCGAUGCGCGAGGCAUUGAGAGCGAAAGAAAGAGAGUUGGCGGAGAUGGGACAACGAUAG